AUGGAUCCUACAAUGGCUGAGAGUAUUGCGCUUAAAGCCGAACUCGAUCGUGUCAAGGAAGCAACAGAAGUGGAUGAAGAGUAUGUGAGGGAUUUGGAGGAGAGGGUGAUUGAGUUCGUUACAAAAAACAGAAGGAUUAUAAGUAUGCAAUACAUGGAAGAGCUUGCACAUCUAAAAAUGGUGAAAUUAAUCGACGCUCAGCUCAAACUAGUAAAUGACCGUAUCGCGGAGAAGAAGGAAGCUUCCUUAUCUCAAUCGAUGCACUUGGGGGACAACGAUAAGAAGAAUUAG